AUGGCUGGCGGCGCAGGAGACAUGGAGUUGUCGCGAGAUCGGGAAAGUCGGGAUGGCAAGCUGGCCAACAAUAGCGCCCGUUUAUCUUCGCAGCUUCGAAGCUUCGGAAACAUGGCGUCCCUCGUUGAUACAGCCAUCACGACCAGCCAUGAAAUCCCAACAAACAAUCCUGGGAAAUUUGUCGUGCAACAAGAUCCUGUCGAGAAGAAGAAAGCAGAGAGACCUGGAGUACAGCCUCCCAAGAAAUACAGACACACCUUUGCUGUCCAUUGUACCACCAGACCGUCAUGCCUGAGCCAGGACUCAGCUGCACCCACCAGCUUUACUGGUUUCAGGAACCUGGGUGCGCUGGUAAUCAGUCAGUAUCCAGCCACAACUACCGUAUUCAUUGUUAAUUAA